CUACAACACACGCCGCAGAAUUAGAUUAUCUGUUCUAUUUUUCUAUUAUUUUCUGAUAAUUUUCCUCUUUUACUUUGCAAAUUAGAUUCAAAUGUGUCCCUACUCUGUUUCACGAACUUAUGUACCAUUUCUUCCUUUUCUGAAUCAUUUACUCAGUUUUAAUCGAACAGUAUUUUCCUAAUUACCCUCAAAGUUUACUGUUUGUCUUUAAUUAAUGGGCAUGCACGUGGAAAAGGAAGCAGAGCCCACCACAUCCGAACGAUUAUACGGAUCAGUCACGGAUACAAUCAUUGUACUUUCACUAAAAUGCUUUUUGAGAAAAUAAUUUACAAUUACGUUUUAUCUAUUCUUCUAUUUGAACAAACUAUGUCCAUCUCAUAGAAUAUAGUUUUCUUGAAUGGUCAUCCUUUCCUAAUGAUCUCCAUUCCUUGAUUAAAACUCUAAUCUCGAACCAUUGCACGUGAGACGCUACAAUAUUCAACAUUUUGCACCAGUAAUCCAUUAAUCGAUUAAAUGAUAUACAAUUGAGUUCUGGAAAGAAGAUUCAAGCAAUUUCCUCUUCUUUAAUGAAACAUCAGAAAUGAUGUGUUCCACGUGUAUUGCAUGAAUAAUUGCUAAAAUAAAUUUUGUCAUGGUUCAACAAUUUCUUAAAGUUCCUAAAUAAAAGAACGAAAUACUUUAGGAGAACACACAUUAAUGAUUUUUUAAAGAUCAAAGCUCAAUAAAAUAAUACUUUUCGACUGUUCGUGGGGAGACGCGAUCACGAGGAAGCGUGCUAAUGGGGUGCCAAUAAAUUCCCGUUAGGAUUAGUUCAUCGAUAUUAUAAAAUGAUCGAAUCUCUAUUUUGUUUAAGAUAGUAGAGGUGGUUGAACUGAUCAUAACAUUGGUGUGACAGGUUACAAUAUACACUUUAUUCUAAAAACUUUGUAGACAUAAAUAUUUACAUUUGGUGUGCUUAGAUACAAGAUAAACAGAUGACUAAUGCCCGAUAAACCAGUCAAAAUAUUGACUGGUCUACGCAUGAAAAACCGGUUAAAAGAUGUUGAAUGAUCAAAAUAUUUUUGUUUUUCUUUUGUUUGGAAGUUGACUACAAUCAAUUCUCAUUGUGAAUUAGAAGUAAACUAUUCUGGCGUGGUACUAUGUCGUGUUUAAUAAGUGUUUAUCGUAUGUUUGAUUUUAGUUGACUCUAAUGCUUAAAUAUAAAGGGUAAUGUCCUGUUAGCCUGCGAAUCUGAUCCGUUGUGUCAAAUAAUUGAGUAACUAGUAGGUUUUGGUGGUUGUUAACUCUCAUGUUAUAUAUAUAUUAUUACAUUUGGAUAUUUCUUCUUUAACUGUGCAUCAUACAAAGGUGCAUCUAUUAAGGAUCUCAGAGAUUUCGAUUGGAAUCAUUGAAGAAUUUUUAUGUAGGAAUUAGGUCCAAACAGGUUUUAAUACGAUCUUAUAAAGCAUUAAUUUAUUCUGCACGUUUAAGUUGGAACGUUUGCCAAUGAGCCACUAGAAUUUUUUACAUUUUGAUUUAGGUUGUUUUGGUUUAUUAACGAUGUGUCGUUUCCAUGUCGUUCUUCUGUUCAGAAUCAUGUCCAGAUAUCUGACGGAAUCUUUGUUCGAAAUUAAAAUAUUGAAAUUAAAUUACUUAUGAUCACCUGUGAACAGGUUGGUUUUCGCAGCGUGAAGGUUAUAUAACUGGAUUUAUUUUCAUUUCUUUUGAAGCACCAUCUCUGGUACCACUUUUCCAUAGAGUCGAGACCUCGCUGGAGAGGAGAGGAGGCAAUUGUCGGGUCUGAGUAGGAUGCUAGUAAAGCUGUAUUAGCAUUAGAAAAUAUCGCUAUGGUUAUCUCUGUUAACCCCUUAAUCUACGAUUUAUGUUCGAGAAUUUUGCGCCGAAAACGAAAACAAGUUAUUAUAUAUUAUAUUAUAUAUUAUGUUUGAUCCGAUCAUCGUACUACGAGCUAUGCCCGUAAUAUUUACGUUUGGACCGAUCAUCGUACUACGGGCUAUGCUCGUAGUUGUAGGUUAAGGUGUUAAACUUGGUAAAUCGGCAGAUAUGCCAGCUUCUAUUGGAAAUGUUGCGGUUAUAGCGUCUAAGUAUUUAAUCAUGAACGGCUUAUUGGUUAGAUAUAAUAUUAAGAUGGAGUAGUGAAUGUGUGGUAGGAUUUUCUUUAGUUUGAAUAAAAGUCUUUCGUGCCACACUUUGUCGAACUCCUGUUGAAUGAUCAAAAGAUAGAAAAGUAAAGUUCGGUGAUGAUGCUGUCGCAGAGGAAAACUAUUGCUGGGUGUUGGUCGCUCCACCACCGGUCGCUUGCGGGUGGAAAUGAUCGUUGAAAAUGGGAAAACGCGACUUUCCCAUUUCUACCUGAUGGAACAAUAAUCAUAAGAAACGUCUCGACUUGAAUAUGUCUUGUAACAAUUAAGGGUCCUAAUGGUACAAUACGAAUGCUUUGUUUCGUGACAGCUCUUAAGGAUUAUUACGAUCCGACUAAUUAUAUUUGGACAGAUAAUGGCCGCAUCGACCAAGCAAUAGAUUCUGAUUUACGUAAAAACUUAGCGGAUGUAAUAAAUACAUUAAUUACAUGUUAAUAGACUUGCAAAUUUUUGUGGAGUUUCGUAUUUUUAUGAAGGAAGUUACAUAUAAAUGAAGGUUUAUUUUGCACUCAUAGGACAGAAUAUUAUAGCAAGUGUUUUACCAUGGAUACUGAUGAAUCUAAUUUUCAUUCAUGAAUUUUUAAUUGCUAUGGCGAUUUUUACCAUAUACAGCGGUCACAAGCCCUAGAAUGCGAACGAAGGCCGGUCCAAAGUACGAAAUUUACGGCAAAAACAUCGGAAUAUCGGAUGAGACGAGGCAAAUUUCUAACAAUAUUAACUAGUUACCGAUACGAAUGGCCCAUUCGACGUAUCGUAAACCUUAUCACCGAGGCCCGAUACAGGUAACCACUAACUGAUCGGUGUGCGUACACCCCCUUAGCACUUUCCCUUCCUCGUACCGUAGUAUCAGAGUGGCGUCGACUUUGAGAAAAAGAAUAUCCGACUAAAGAGAAGGUAAACGCUUACAUUUCCCUCAACAUAAGAAGCAAGCGUAACGAGUUUCGAGAGCGAUUUAUUACAAUGAAACAUUCCGCGAAAUAUUAUCUAGCUUUUGUAUUUUCUGUAUGUAACGUUAGGUGCCUCCCUACACAAAUCAGAUGUCUACACACCCUUAUAAUCUUUAGGACCCACUAUAAAUCUUGACAUUUUCAUAGUUAAGAUUCUUUAGACCAAGCAAGUAUCUUAUUAGGUGAAAUGUUCCUUAAAUUUAUUGUCCACUCCGGGAACUUAGGAAAAACUUGGCUCUCCUGUUAGCCUUCUUUCCGGGGCGACUAGGCUUUCCUUACCCACCAAACUUUUCCUUCGCCAAUUAGAAGCAAUGACUGUUGCCCUCACUUUUUCAGUCAAACUGCCAUCAACGAAUCCGAUGGUUCCGCGCAUCGGACACACCCAUCAAUAGCUUUCCUCCGCUACAACAUCAUCGCCGAAAUUCAUUGAUUCAUCAUCCUUAGAUUAGGAAACAUCUCUUGACUGCUUUUCUAUUUAUUAAUCAGUCGCAAGUCUAACUUAUAUCUACACGUACAGCGCGUAACUAUCUAUAUAUACGAAGUUGUUGAAAUACAGUGAAUAUUUUAAUUCGUUAAUCAAGUCUUAUCAUCAGUCCAACCACUCCUGAUCAGUUUUCCUGUCAGGCUUAUUUAUAAUGGCGUUAUUAACGCUAUACUGGUCUCUGUGUGGCAUCUUCAUCUUUUCGUCCCUGUUGGUUGCCGCUUAUUUGUUCGUAAUUCGGAAAUACAAUUACUGGUCUAAACGAGGAAUCAUACAACUUAAACCUACGCCCAUCGUAGGCAACUUCAUGGACUGCAUACUGUCAAAAAAAUCGGGCGCACAAUUUCUCAGUGAUGCAUACAAUUAUGACAAAGAUUUGCCUUUGUUAGGUUUCUACAUCCUCCACAAACCUUGCCUGUUAGUUCGCGAUCCAGAACUCGCGAAGCACAUUCUAGUGAAGGAUUUUGAGUAUUUCGCUGACAGGUACGCGACUGCGGAUGAGAAAAAUGAUCGUCUUGGAUACGCAAAUAUGAUACUGAUGAAAAAUCCAGCAUGGAAAUCUCUCAGGCCAAAAAUGACGCCGAUUUUUACCCCGGGAAAGCUAAAGAAGAUGUUCAUAUUAAUGGCGACGAUCGCUGACGACCUCGGAAAGCAUCUCGAUUCGUUGCAUUUGGAGGGCGAUGGAAAAGCAAUAGAGUUCAAAGAUAUUUGCGCGAGCUUCGCCACCGACAUGAUCAGUGGCAUUGCGUUUGGCUUAAAACUAAAUUCGUUGGAGAAUCCAAAAACACCGUUCCGUGAAUGUGGCAGAAGGAUCUUUGAUGCUAAUUACCAACGUAACAUGGAGUUCCUUACCAUAACCUUCAUGCCUCAGUUAUCCAAGUAUCUCAAACCGAAAUUCUUUGGAAAAAUAGCCACUAAAUUCUUUCAAUCUGUUUUCUGGGAUGUGAUUGAACAACGAGUCGUUUCGGGUCAAAAAAGACAUGAUCUCAUUGAUGUGCUGGCAGAGAUCAGGGAGACAUACAAGAGCGACGAAAGGUUGAAGAAUUACAACUUCGAGGGUGACGAUUUAGUGGCACAAGCGGCCAUAUUUUUUGCUGCUGGUUUUGAAACGUCUGCUGCUACCAUGUCUUUCACACUGUACGAACUUGCGAGGAACUCAGAUGUACAGCAGACACUUAGGAAAGAGAUUCUGGAUGCUUUAGAGAAAACUGAUGGUGAAAUCACAUACGAUAUGAUUACAACGCUACCAUAUCUGGAUAUGGUACUUUUUGAAACUCUUCGUAAAUAUCCAUCUGUACCGAACUUGAAUCGGGUUACUCUUGCCGAUUACAAAGUGCCUAAUUCCGAUCUGGUGAUAGAGAAAGGCACCCCAAUAUUCAUUUCGAUAAUGGGUUUGCACUACGAUUCGCGGUAUUUCCCGAAUCCGGAAAAAUACGAUCCACUCCGAUUUACCGAGGAAGUCAAAAGUACCAGGCCAAGUUUCGCCUACUUGCCCUUUGGUGCGGGUCCCCGCAUCUGCCUUGGUAUGCGAUUGGGACUCAUGCAAGCCAAACUUGGAAUCGUACAGAUAUUGAAGGACUACGAAAUUUCACCUUGUGAAAAAACCAAAAUUCCAAUAGUUACAGAUCCCAAUGCAGUAAUCUCGACAGCUUUAGGAGGAGUACAUCUCAACAUUCGAAAGACUACUGCCGCUUAUUUGAAACAGGAAAACGACGAUUAUUUAAUUACAUCUUAUUGUAGCUCAUCUAAAAUGGCCUUAUUAUCGCUAUACUGGAGUCUGGAUGGCAUCCUCAUCCUUUCGACCCUGAUGGUUGCCGCUUAUCUCUACAUGACUCGUAAAUUCAACCACUGGCCGAAACGAGGAAUCACACAGCUCGCACCUACGCCUUUCGUAGGCAACUUUAUGGACUGUCUCCUAUCAAGAAAAUCGGGCUCACUAUUUGUCAAGGACGUAUACGAUUGCGGCGAAGGUUUGCCUUUGCUGGGAUUCUACGUCUUCGACAAACCUUACCUCUUAGUUCGCGAUCCAGAACUCGUGAAGUACGUCCUAGUGAAGGACUUUGACUAUUUCCCUGAUAAGUACGCGACUGCAGAUGAGAAAGAUGAUCGUUUUGGAUACGCAAAUGUGGUCCUGAUGAAAAAUCCGGGAUGGAAAUCUCUUAGGCCAAAGAUGACGCCAGCCUUUACUCCGGGCAAGCUGAAGAAAAUGUUCGAUAUAAUGUUGGUAGCAGCUGACGAUCUUGGAAAGCAUCUGGAUUCGUUGCAUUUGGAGGGCGAUGGAAAGGUAGUCGAGUUCAAGGAUAUUUGCGCGAAUUUCACCACCGAUAUGAUCGGUGGCACUGCGUUUGGCUUAAAACUAGGUUCGUUGGAGAAUCCAAAAGCACCGUUCCGUGAAUAUGGCAGGAAGAUCUUCCAUUCUAGUUUCCAUCGUAACAUGGAGUCACUUAUCAUAUCCUUCUCGCCUCAGUUAGCCAAGUAUCUCAAACCGAAGUUCUUUGGAGAAAAAGCGACUAACUUCCUCCGAUCUGUUUUCUGGGAUGUGAUUGAACAACGAGUCGCUUCCGGUCAAAAGAGGAAUGACCUCAUCGAUGUGCUAAUCGAGAUCAGGAAAACAUACAAGAACGACGAAAAUUUGAAGGAUUACAAAUUCGAUGGUGACGAUUUAUUGGCACAAGCGGCCAUAUUAUUUGCUGCUGGUUUUGAAACAUCUUCUACUACCAUGUCUUUCACACUGCACGAACUUGCAGUGAACCCAGAUGUGCAGAAGACGCUUAGGGCAGAGAUUCAGGAUGCUCUAGAGAAAACUGAUGGCAAAAUCACAUACGAUAUGAUUACGACACUACCAUACCUCGAUAUGGUAAUUUCUGAAAGUCUUCGUAAAUAUCCAGCUGUAGCAUACAUGGAUCGACUUACCCUUGCCGAUUACAAAGUGCCUAAUUCCGAUCUGGUGAUAGAGAAAGGCACCCCAAUAUUCAUUUCGAUCAUGGGUUUGCACUACGAUUCGCGGUACUUCCCGGAUCCGGAAAAAUACGAUCCACUCCGAUUUACCGAGGAAGUCAAAAGUACCAGGCCAAGUUUCGCCUACUUGCCCUUUGGUGGGGGACCCCGCGGCUGCAUUGGUAUGCGAUUGGGACUCAUGCAAUCCAAACUUGGAGUCGUACAGAUUUUGAAGGACUACGAAGUUUCACCUUGUGAGAAAACCAAAACUUCAGUGGUCCUAGAUCCCAAAACAAUCGUCACGACAGCUUUAGGAGGAGUACAACUCAACAUUCGAAAGAUUACCACUGCUGCUGAUUAGACGAAGCUAAAGUUUUACGUAUCGCGUUAUGCAUACCGAUUUUUUGCUUUGUUUGUGAUAAGUUAGAUGUAUUUUAUUACCGAAUCGGUGAAGUUCAACAAGUAACAUCCUCAUUUCUUUAGAUAUUAAGUAUAUUUUAUAAUCGUAAUCCUAAAUGCCCGAAAAUUGUAAUUUCAAAUAUCUGAAAAUAAUUAGAUUUAUUUGAUCGUAUUAGAUAAUACGAAAUUAUCUUUCUGUAAAUUUGUGGUAUCCUGGCGAGGAAAAUAUUGCAUGCAGAGGAAACACAUUUAAUUUUGUUUCACUUACGCGGUCACAUGUAUAUAUUUAUUUCAUUCACUUAUUCUCAUUUACAAAAGAGACUAAUCGGCCGGUUGGCCGCCACGUGGCCAGUGCAUGACCGCCGCUUAACUUACAAUUAAAUCUCUGUAAUAUAUUAUUACGACACCUUAGAAUCAAGUUGGAAUGGCGAAUACCAUGCGGUAUCCCGGCACCUUGUUCGUAGCCAUUGUUCGACGAUGGCGUUCGAUACGCGUAUUAGUCACGGUAAUCUGUGGCAUAACUCUGCCCAUUCCGAUCAUUUGUAUCGUGUCAGUUUCUAGAGCGAAGCGUCGAAUAUCCACGAAUGGUCGAGUAUGAUUUUCUUGAUUCUCGAUUCUACGCUAUCGAGUGUAAGUUUCGGAGAACACCUGCGCGGGAUUUUAAUAGUCUUGCUUUUGUUAGCUUCCGAAUAUUAAGAGGUAGCUUCUUCGUUUCUUCGUUCGAUAUAAUAUCAUAUGAGCAGAAUAGCGAUCGAUCGUCAUAAUCGAACAAGGUAUGUACGUACAUACUUACGAACGUCGGGCAUGCUUGAAUUUGUUUCACGAUACUUUUACACACAUAAUAACUAUACAAUUCAUCGUUUACAAUAUCUGUGAUAGUAACUCGCCAGCGAGCAUAGCCGUUAUUUCACGUCCUCCGUUCCAUAAUCCUUUUUCACCAGGUAAAUAUACGUUAUACAUACAUCUAGAGCCGUUUUUUGUUCGUACGCCA